AUGAUCAGAUGCGACUUCUGUUCAACCGAAAAGCGAGAACAAUACAAAUGCCCGCGAUGUAACGCUAACUACUGUUCACUGAGAUGUUACCGGAAUGAGAAACAUUCUAGUUGCUCUGAAUCUUUUUACAAGGAAUGCGUGAAAGAACAUCUACAAGGGCAGCAGUUUGAAGGAACCAAUGAGAGCCGGAAGCAGGAUACAUUUGAAGAACGAAUGCAUAAAUAUUUGAACGGAGAAAUUGAUGAAAUGCCAGGAGCAGGUGCGAGUGGAGCUUCUGCCGAAGAAGGGGACCCUCUGGAUUCCGAUGACGACGAAGUAGGAGUGAGCAAUCCUUUUCAAAGUAAGGAGGACCAGUAUCUACAAGAGGUUGUGAAGGAUACGAUUGAUGACUACCUUCUGGACGAAGAGGAGAUAAAUAGGAAACUUUUGGUGCUAGGUAUUGGUGGAGAAGUGGAUCAGUUACUGGGAGCAUUAAGCGAAGAAGAACGCGUUACUUUUGCCCGUCUAGCUGAACAGAUUCAUCUUGACACGAGUGGGGUAGCAGAAAAAAUGUUUCGGAUACCUCUAACUCGGAUUCUCGCACGUCGGCUGGCUACGCGCGCGGAGAUUCUUGAUGAAAGCGCACAAAAGCAGGUUUGUUCGACUAUAGCUUCUGAGGUUGCCGAUCCAGCAAAUCGACUAUUUGCCGUGGUGUAUGUAAAUGGUCGCCAGUGGAAAGUUGGUCAAAAUGAUCUUAUUGCAUUGAGAGGAAGUCUACCACUAGUUCUUGGAGAGAGAAUCAAACUGGAAAAGGUGCUGAUGGUUGGAGGCAGCAAGUUUUCCGUUUUCGGACGACCGCUGUUAGACUCAGUCACAGUGGAGGCGACAGUAGUGGAGAAGACAACCACUUAUCCGGAAUUAAAAUAUGACCGAAACAACCACAAACACAUCAAGGCGAUAAACUGGCUAACUGAGGAAAUGACUGUGUUGAGGAUAAACGAAAUCACUGCUACAGAUUUAGUAAAGAACCAAUCAAGUUAA